AUGUGGGACUUUGCGAGACGUGAUCAGGAGAAUUAUUUAGAAUUCUCUGAUAAACGCGGGGAAGAACCACUGGAGAAAUGUGAAAAACGGGAGGACCAAGAAAAACGCGACGACCAAAUUUUUGAACGAUCGAACGAUUUUAUUACGGAUUGCUGCUGCCAUCAACCCGUGUGCUGUGAUGAGACGCCACCGAUUUUCUGUGAAGAAGUUCCAAUGUUUAACGAACCUUCCUUUUGUGGCGGGACGCCUGUCAUUCUUGACGAGGUUCCCAUUAUAAUUGACGAGGAACCUAUCAUAAUCGAGGAAGAACCCAUUAUAAUUGAUGACAUCUGUGAUAAUAUGCCUCUCAUUUGUGACAACACUCUUCCCAUUAGUGACGACACGCCGUUUAUUUGUUGCGACGAGGCGCCCAUUUGGACUGAGCAAUUUUGCGGAGGAUUCGGCACGGAAUUUGAUAUUGGGAAUAUCAGAAUUAAGAACCCGGUUAGACCCUGUGCGGCACCUCUGGGAUGGUCUAGGCUCGGAAUUUAG